ACCUUAACCCCAAAAAUGUCUCAAAUCUCUAACAAAUCCGCCUUCAGUGACAUGAACCUGAGCAUCCUCUGGAAGCAGGCGGUCAACCACCCCAGUUUCGAGCACAAGAAGAAACUGUGCCUAGACUUCGUAGAGAACAAGACUAAUAACUUAAGAGAGAUUAUGAAUACUUGUAAUGGAAGAGACAAGUUCUUGGCUAUUAUUCAGUAUAGUUGUGGAGUCAAGGAUAACUUGCAGAGCGUCAAUGGAGGCUAUACAGAAAAAGGUGCCAAUGUAAGGAAAGCUGUAGACUGGGAUAAAGUUCAAGGACAACUUUCAAGCGGAAGGAAAGUAUUUAGGCUCCUCAAAUGGAGCGAUGAGAUCGGCAACAUGGUAAAACAUUCUAGAGGUACUAAAAAGAAGGAAUUCUUCAAAGAAGUCCUAUUCUACUCUGGAGGUAUUUGUUCGUUCUUCUAUUAUUUCCUCGAUAACAUCAUCUGGGCUAGCUCGAACAGGUACAAACUUCUUAGAAGAAUUAAGGAUUUAUUCUCUCUGGGCAGAUGUCUUAUUGAGAUCUACAAAAGUCUCUAUGAAAUAGCGACAGACCUUAAAAGUGAAGAGAAAAUACUUAAGAAAUUAGGUCUUUAUGAUGACUGAUUCAUUGCUGAAACAGAAGAAAGUUAUCAUCUGAUCCGAGACUUGAUCAAAAUUAGACACCAAAUGAGUUUUUAUGUUCUUGAACUAGUCACAAAUGUUCUCAGAGUCUUUAUGCUCUGGAAGUCGCUCAGGUUUGCAGGCUCAGACUACAUUGAAGAAAUUUUUGUAAAUAUUUGUGGUGUCCUUAGUAACUUCUUUGCUCUUCUGAAAACGAUCAAAAGAAAAACGUACGAAAAGAUCUGAAAGAAGGAGAAAGAAAUAUCGUUAAAAAGAGAAGAAAGAGAGGAAAUAGUUCAAGAAGAAGAGAAGAAAAGCAACUUCUUACUCUUCGAUGAGAUCAUCUCAUGUGAUGACUCUUCUCUCGAAGGAGCAAACGAUAGGCUGGAGAAACAAGUGAAGAAGUUCAAUCUCGGUAAAAUAAGCCAUCAAAAGUCAACAAUGAGCUCAUCUAAAAAUAAUGUCUCCCCAUCAAAUAACCCUAAGAAGCAGAACUCAAGGUUGAAGCAUGCUAAAAGUAGUCACGAUAUUUAUAGAACUGGGAGGAUAACUGAUUUGAGAAAGGCUAAUGGGUUACAUCAGUCAUAAUCCUAUAUGUACUUUCCUAACUUAAUAACCAAAGCCGUGUAGAGCAAGGUAUUAAAUGU